CUUAUCAAUAACAGAUUAUUCGUAAUCGUGCUUGCCAACAGACUGUAUUAAAAUGGGUGUUCAAGGAGUUUGCGGUUUUUAAAACCCUUCGAAUAAAGGUAAUAUUAACAAGAUUUACUAUUUAAAGACGCGCUAUCCUGAUUUUUUUAAAAUAAAUGGCGACAUCCAACAGAAUAUCUUCCUAUAAAAGUAGAAAUAUCCUGCAGAAUAAAGAGAAAAGAAGAAACACAUUUAAAUCAAAAAUGAAAGAGGGAAACACAGAAGUAGUAAAAGCUACUGAAAACUCAACAUCAAAACCGCCACCGCUCCGACGAAACCAUUUCAGCUUUGAAGACGUCUAUAGAUUUCGAAAUCGUCAUGAAAUGCAAAACCAACAAAAGGAAGAGGACUCUGUGUCUUUGCAAUCAAUUGAGUCAAGUAACACAUCGGCCUGCCCAAGUGGUAGAGCCAGUCCACCAGAAAUGACUGAUGUUGGCAAAGGACGUCUAGGAUUUCAACUAGCAAAUUGGCUAAGCAAUCAGCAAUGUUUGCAGGAAAAAGUAUCAGCUAAAAGGGCAAAUCUACAAAAAUGUCAUACUAACUUUAACAAAGUAUUUAAACAGUUUACGAAUAGGGAUUUGAACGCUGUAUCACCUGCUAAUUGGUGA